CCGGAUACGUCGCUUGAUUGGUCAUCCUGGCUGCUGCCUGUCACAGGGAAGGGAGGACAACAUUUAACAACAUGGAUGAUUGAAAAUACCUGAGAAUUCGACACAGUCUUGGAUAACAGCAAACUGCAAACAUGACAAAUGUGUACUCGUUCGAUGGGAUUGUGGUGUUUGGGCUUCUGUACAUCUGUACGUGUGCGUACCUCAAGAAGGUGCCUCGCUUAAACAGUUGGCUACUUUCUGAGAAGAAGGGAGUGUGGGGGGUGUUCUAUAAAGCUGCAGUGAUUGGGACCAGACUCCACCAUGCUGUGGCUAUAACCUGUCUGUCGAUGGCAUUGUACCUCGUUUUCUUAAAGUGACAGCGUCAGUCUGGACUGAGAUGGACUGAUCCAGGGCAGGCUUGGCUGGGCUUUGCAGAGCUGGAUUGGGCUGCACUGGGUUGCCACCCAUGGAAACUUAGGACCGUGUGCCCCCAGAACACCAAUUCAUUCACCCAGUAACCUCAAAGGACAUGUAUAAAGGACAAGCUAAUACUGCCCCCAGGUGGUGAUAAAGAUCCCAGUCACUCUCUGCACUCUUCUACACCUGUGUGCGUCCCAAAAACAUCUCCUUUCUCCUGAAGUGAGCACUCGUUCACUACACCCCACAUAUAAAAGCAUUGGAUUGGGGUUGGCAUGGGGCUAGGACGUUUCCAUAUACCAGUGAUUUCUGUUCAGAGAUUAUGAAGGGGAGUGUUCAAGUGCACAUUUAGGGAGAAAGGAGAGACGACAGGGACGCAGGCAUUGUAUCCAUCCCUGCACGACACCACCGGCACCCAGUUAAACCUGUGCUUUCUGUACACAUCCCAUUAGAACACGGUUUGUCAAUCUAUUCUCCAGGGGCACAUUUUUGUCUUAGCUCAGCACUAACACAUCAUUUCCCUCCAUGUCUUUUUCCCCACACCAAAUACACACACAACAAUUUAUAGACAAACAGAAACAACUACGACAUUUCCCGUGCCCAGACCCGCAUGCUCACACACCCAUCCCUAGUGCCUGCAUUGUUUGCCACAUGGCCUGAAACGGCACCAUUUUGUUUCUCUGUAGCCCACGCACUUUCAAUAUUCAAAUAAUAAAUCAUAGAUAUUUCCAUUGUGUUAA